CGCAAAUGUGUUGAUGAAUAUAUAGACAAUAGUGUCUGUAUGAUUGAAUCUCCCUGCACAUGGAAGUUAUAUCAGUACGAUUGAAUGGUUUGGCAACGGUGAUUCUUUACAGAUUAUUUCGAAAAUGGUAACGGUGAUAUCAGUACUGUUGAUUGGAGUGGCCACGGUGAUUCUUUACAUAUUAGUUCAAAAAUGGUUUCGAUCGCCAGCUGUCCACAGGAAAAAUACAGAUUCCGAAGAUAUCAGUAAAAAAUUGUCCUCCAGUUACAAGCCUCUGUUGAAAUCAGAUGAUGAUAGUUCUGAACAAAUUAGCAAUAUAGAAAAACAAUUUUGUGAUCAGAAACAUAGAUUUUCUCAAUUCGAUGAUGAUUUAUUCAUGUUAGUGGAAUUAACAGAACUUGACAAGCUGGUUCUCGACAACUUAAUAUCCAAAUGUAUUUUGAUGAUAGAGGACAGAGAAGAAAUUAUCAAACCAAUCUCACAAAGUGAGCGUAACAUGGUUUUUCUUGAUAUCUUGACUGAACGCCCAUAUGAUACCUUCAAGUUGUUCAAGGAUGUCUUAAAAGAAUCAGACCCAUUCAAUGAUGACGUUCAAGAACUUCUCAAUAAAAUUCACUGGCCUGAAAACAGUGAUGAAAACAUCAGUUGUCAUGACAUAAUUAUGUUUGACCACAUUGUAAAGCUACAAAAGAAUUACAUGAUGUUUGUCCGGGAUGCAGAUUGCAAAACAGAUUUAGCUGACCAUCUUUAUGAGGCAGAUAUCUUAAAUACUAAAGAAAGAGAGGAGAUUUGUAAUACUUCAAUUUCUCGACAUGAAAGUAAUAGAACAUUAUUCAAAAUAUUAUUACGCAAAGGUGGUAAUGCAUAUAAGCUCCUUUUUGAAGCUCUAAGAGAUGAAAAAUGGUAUGAUCUUGCUACUAAAAUGGAGACGACUCGAAUUUCUCAACAGGAAAUACAGUUAUGCCAAAUAGGAAAGAAGAAAUUUAGAGAGAGACAGAAAGAAAGAGAUAUGCAAAUGAUUCAUUGUAGAAUAGAAGAACUAGUACGUACAAACGAUCAACAUAUUUCUAAACACAGCCUUAGGAAGUUGGAAAAACGCUUGCAAGAUUCAUACGCCCUUGGAAAGAGACCAAUAAAAAUUCUUUCUAUACGGAAGAUGAUAAUUUAGUAAUGACAGAUAUUUUUAAACAAAUUUGUUAAAAAAAAUGUUAACAAUCAUGGCAAAAUCCAGCACUGUAUACAAUAUAUUUUCAAGACAUGUUGUACUGACGAUGAUGAAACAGAUUAUAUCAUUAUCCGGUGUGAUAUUCAUGCAGAAAUGACAAAAUUGGAUAAACCUGAAAUGAAAUCAAUAUUUGUCUUUGAUGUCGUUUGUUGACUGUUUACUCUAAAUCAAAAUAUUGAAACUGACUGGAAAGGCUUGAUUACAAAACAUAUCUUCUUAAAAACAAAUGUUCUACAAUUGUGUCGUCUUGCAGGUUAGCUUUGUUGUAAGAUGAACAAUUUUGCCGUUUGUCGACAUUCAAAGCGUGUCAUUUUAAUCAAAGUUUACAAGCAUUAAUUAAGACCUAGUGCUACUGAAAGUUGUUAAUCUAAUGUGUACGUUAGGGACAGUCUGAUAAAGUUAGAGAAUUGUUUUGAAAAUAUUCAUUGUGUCGUCUUUUAUAUAGUUUAUAUGAAAGCAAAAAGGUAUGAACGUAAACGACAAUCUCUUAGAUGUUAUUAAAAUGUCUGUAUCUUUAAGAUACUAAUGAAAUACUGUACCUUGCUCCUUAUGAGAUUUUGAACAACAAACUGUAUGAAGAAUACUUUGACACAAAAGAUAAGGAGAUAGGGCUGUGGUAACAUAUUUACUUGAAGAUAGUGAGCUAAAUGAAGUUACACAUGUUAACAAUUUAAAGAAAUCCCUUUAAACAAUUUUUGGUACCUAUGUUGUCACUGAAGAAAGUUAAUUAAAUAUACUAAGUAA